AUGGCGGACGAGGAGCUUGAGGCGCUGAGGAAGCACAGGGACCCUGGCCAUGUAGCACAAGAGGAAGCAAAGCAAAGGGAAGCAGAAAUGAGAAACAGUGCCUUAGCCCAAGUUCUGGAUCCAUCUGCCCGGCCCCGAUUAAGUAACUUAGCACUUGUAAAGCCUGAGAAAACUAAAACAGUAGAGACUUACCUUAUACAGAUGGCACGGUAUGGACAACUAAGUGGGAAGGUAUCAGAACAAGGUUUAAUAGAAAUCCUCGAAAAAGUAAACCAACAAACAGAAAAGAAAACAACAGUUAAAUUCAACAGAAGAAAAGUAAUGGACUCUGAUGAAGAUGACGAUUAUUGAAUUUACGACGUCUAGACACUGGGACUUAAUGGAGCAAUUCUAGGACAGA